AUGAAUGAGCUGAAGGCAACCCUGCGAGAUCUGGAACAACGCUACUUACUCUUCAAACAACAGCAAUUCACGUUUGUUGCAGCUCUGGAUCAUACACGUGAGAAUGCGCAUGACAAGACCAAACCUGUAUCUACUAUUUCACAGGUUCAAAAUUACCUUGACCACUACUGCAACAAUUCAACUGACAGGAGAAUCUUGAUCAUGUUCCUGGAUCUUUGCAAAGAUCUCAGUGAGUUUUGUAGUCAACUUGAGGAUAUAAAUCCCAAAGCUUGCUCGCCUGAUGAUAGACUGGAGAAGUGCAAACUCCUUCUCAGCUGUAACAAUGACAUGUCCAGUAUCCGAGCCAAGUAUCCACAUGAUGAAGUGAACCACCUGAGCUGUGAUGAAUCAAAGCACCACUAUGGUGCUGUGAUCAGCGUCUUGCCAGUUGCUCUAGAUUUGUUAAGGGAAGGUAUUGGCGUCAUUGAAUCAGCCCAGUAUGAAGCUGCAAGAAAUAACAGGUAUGCUCAGUGCAACAAGAAAGAGGAACCACCAGAGAGCAAAGACAACAGCAUAUAA